AUGACAUCUAACAUUGCGGAAUGUGUUAACUCAUUCUUGAAGCAUGCAAGACAAAUGCCAAUCACUGUUUUGAUCGAUUUCAUCAGAGACAUGUUCCAGUGUUGGUUCCAUGACUGGUACGAGGAGGCCGUCAAGGUGACCACUCUCCUCAACCCUUGGGUUGCCAAGCAGUUAAGCAAACGGUUCAAUGAUGCACAUUGCUUUGUAGUUAAGCCUAUCAAUCGAGUAGAGUUCAAAGUUAAAGACAGUAAGAUGGACGGACUUGUAAACUUGUCUAGGAAGACGUGUUCAUGUUCCAUUGAAUUCUGCACUGACUACUACAAGACAACCGUUUUAGUGGAGGAUUAUUCGGGAUCCAUUCGCCCAGUAAGGCAUCCUAGUGAGUGGGACAUCCUCCCUCAUGUGAAACAAAUUAUCAUCUUGCCACCAGCUUGGAGAGGCCAAGCGGGAAGACCUAGGAGGAGAAGGAUUCCAUCGGUUGGUGAAGGCAAUCGAGCACAAAAAUGUUUGCAAUGCAAGAGGUACGGGCAUAACAGACAGAAUUACCCAUCCCCAUUUGCAGUUUCAUCCACAAAUUCGGCACCAUCUCCAAGUCAAUCGACGCCUCCACGAGUGCACUGA